UCCUCGACGUACUCUCGUACGAAGCGGUUCUGGAUGCAAGUGGUGGACCGAGUGUGUAAUUGACAAUUUAAAACGUUUUUUCUAAUACGUUUCUUUUUUUUUUUUUAUAUAGAAGAAAAUUCAAAAUUAAAUUUUCACGUCAAAAUAAAGACAUUAUUCCAAUGGAACAUCUAUUGAAAUAUUUAAAAUUGUGAAUGAAAAAGAAGAGGAUCCCGUGUAAAACGAAGAAAGAGGAAAAAAAUUUCUUAUUGAGAAAAGAAAAAAAAAAAUUUCUUUUUUAAUGAAAAAUAUAAAACCAGAUUGAAGACGAUUCAUUGAAAAUCUAAAGAAUGGAACUACAAACGAAAGCUGUUGUUCUCUUUGGUCUGAUGCUGUUACUAUUAAAAGAAAUCAAGACAGAGCAGAGUAAUCCGUUGGAUAAAUGUUGCGAUCUUGGAAAAAAUUGGGCACAAGAGGGUCUAAAGUGUGAUAAAUUUUCUGGUCCAGUUUCUGGUAUUUCUGAAGACGAACAAGAAUUUUGUCUACGUGGUGUUAAUAUUUGUUGUAUAAGAGUUUAUCGUGAGAAAGGUUGUCUUCAAGGAAAAGAAGAUGCACGUUCAGGAAAUGGAUGCAGUUCAUCUAAUGAAAAUAAAAGUCCAAUUGGAAUGGAAGACUAUCGAAAAGAUUGUUGCGAAGGAUGUAAACUUGGAAUUCUAAGAGGAUCACGAGGUCAAGGUUGUGCUUUGAAGUUCAGUUUCGGUAAGCCCUGGGACCCAGCAUUUCUGGAAUGUUGCCAUGAAGCUUCUCCAACUACCAUUAGUUCUGAGAGCAAUGAAACAUCCUCCUCCUCCACUUAUGUUUCUACAAAAGCAACAGACACAUCUAUCUCCACAAAUGAGAACGAGAUCACUGGGAGUUUAACCACAAAGCCAAUAUCAAAUCCUUCAACUUAUUCUUCAUCUCCACUAGCAUCGCUUGAUGACAUCUGUCAAGUAAUGAGGGGAAUGCUAUGCACUGACAUUUGCGUACCAACGCCAGGUUCUUACUAUUGUGUUUGUAAUGAAGGAUCAACUCUUUUAGAAGAUGGCAAAACUUGCAAACAAAAUUCCACCAGCGAUAGAUGCAACACUGAUAGCAAUCCUUGCGAACAAAAUUGCACAGAUACAGGACUUGCAGUGAUUUGCAGUUGUGAUUCGGGAUAUCAACUUGCAAACGAUAAUCAUUCAUGUACUCCAAUUUCAACGGAAAUAAUGGGUAAUUCAACGACUCGUUAUGAAGAAAAGGAAACACCUCCACAAUGUCCCACUGGAUAUCGCUACAAUUCAAAAACUCAAGCCUGUGAUGACAUGGACGAAUGCGAGGAAAAUCCUUGUUCAGGAGAAUGUCAAAAUACAAUAGGAUCUUACUUGUGUGUCUUUGAGAAACAGGAAAAUCCUAAAAAUAUCAAUUCCACAGCUCAAGAUAAAGAUUGUCAACCUGGUUUUUAUUGGGACAAGAAUAUUGAAAAUUGCAUUGAUAUUGAUGAAUGCGAACAAAUUCCGGGUGUUUGUUCUGAAGAUGGUUAUAUUUGCGUUAAUAUGCAAGGAAGUUUUAUUUGCCACAAAUCGCAAAACGCUACCGAUUGUCCUUCAGGAUUUAAAUUUUAUCUCGAAUCAAAUAAAUGCCUUGAUAUUGACGAAUGUGCUGAAGGAAUUUUUAAUUGUAUGCCAGAAAUCGAAAUAUGUAAAAAUAAUGAGGGCAGUUAUGAUUGUGAAAUUAUAUGUAAAAAAGGUUUCACAUUCAAUACAAAUCUAAGUUCUUGUGUUGAUAUUGACGAAUGUUUAGAAAUCAAAAAUUCCUGUCCAAAUCCUGAAUCACUUUGUCUAAAUACUGUAGGUAGUUUUGAUUGUAUCAAUUCUAGAGAAGUUAAUCAGGAAUUUGUAACGUUGAAAAAUCAACAGGAAAUAAAUUCUCAAAAUGAAAUUAUUUGUACACAUGGAUAUAAGCCAUCAUCAAUAAUUGGUGAUUCAUGUAUUGAUAUUGAUGAAUGUAGAGAAAAUAUUCAUUCUUGUGAAACAAAUGAAAAAUGCAUUAAUGAACUUGGCACCUAUAGAUGUGAGAGUUUUUUGGAAAUAUCGACUGUAAAAAUUAAUACAGAAUUAGAGAAACAAAAUGAAAUAAUCAGUAAAAAUGAAACAAAAGUAUUAAAAUCGAAAGAUGAUGAUAUUUGUCUACCAGGAUUUUCUUUUAAUAACGAAACAAAAAAAUGUGAAGAUAUCGAUGAAUGUGUCAGUGAAUGGACAGCUUGUGGUAUUGGAGAGAGAUGUCGAAAUUUAAUUGGUGGCUAUGAUUGUAUUCAAACUUGUAAUCGGGGUUUUAUCUUUGAAAAUGAAACCUGUCAAGAUAUAAAUGAAUGCACAUUGGGUUUACAUUCGUGUUUUGAGCGCACUCAUCGUUGUAUCAAUACAAAUGGUUCUUAUGCUUGCGAGCCUAAAGAGAAGGUAAUUGGUCAAAAAUUUCGACCAAGAUAUUGCGAGAGAGGUUUUAAGCAAAAUUCAGAGACUGGAAAGUGCGUUGAUAUUGAUGAAUGCCUCGAAGGACCUGGUUGUCGUGAUCAUGAAAGAUGUUUUAAUACUUUUGGUAGUUUCGAUUGUUCACCAUUGUGUACCACAGGAUGGUAUUUUGAUCCAUUGAUCAAAGGAUGCAGGGAUGUUGACGAGUGUCUUUUGGGACGACAUUAUUGCAAACAAGGAACGGAAAUAUGUGAGAAUACAAAUGGCUCAUAUAUUUGUAAUCCAGCACCACCUUGUGGACGUGGUUUUCGACGUAUUUUUAAUGGAAGUUGUUUGGAUAUUGACGAGUGCACUGAAAAUCUUCACUCUUGUUCAUUGGAACUACAUCGUUAUUGCGUUAAUCGAGAUGGUUCUUACGAAUGUGUUACUCGUUUACCAUCUUGUUCACAAGGUUACGAAUAUUCACUUUAUACAAGACAAUGUGAGGAUAUUGAUGAAUGUUUAAUUGGCAAAUAUAAAUGUAACAGUCGCCUAUCUGAAAGAUGUGUCAAUCUACCAGGAAGCUACAAAUGUGAGAGACCUCCACCUCCACUUACAUCUUUACAAAGAAGACCAGCCUGUCCACAAGGAUAUCGAUAUCAUCCAAUUUGGAGAAGAUGCUCCGACGUGGAUGAAUGUGCCGAAGGAACUCAUUCAUGUGGACGAGAAGUUUGUUAUAAUCAACCAGGAGGAUAUAGUUGUGCUAAACAUCCUACACCUAUUACAAGAAGAACAGCUCCACCAUUUACUUUAAACGCCGCUGCGGCUUUUACAAAAGCUUGUGCUGAUGGCAUGAGAUAUGAAAAAAAUCAGGGAUGUGUGGAUAUAAACGAAUGUAAAGAAAUGGAGGACGCAUGCAGCAGUAAUGAGGAUUGUACAAAUAGCAUUGGAAGUUUUGAAUGUAAAUGCAAGACUGGAUAUCGUCGUGAUAAUUUAACACAGGCUUGUGUUGAUAUUAAUGAAUGUCAAUUGAAAUUAGACAAUUGUCUUCCAACACAAAGAUGUGAUAAUACACUUGGAAGUUUUGCUUGUGUGAGAUUUUUAUCAUGCGGAACGGGAUAUACUUUGAAUGCGGCAACGGAAAUUUGUGAAGAUGAUGAUGAAUGUUCACUUGGAACACAUAAUUGUGUUGAUGGUUAUUUUUGUCGAAACACAUUGGGUUCAUUUCGAUGCUAUAAAAUUAGAGGUGAUAUGACAACAACUCAAAGAUCAACUACAAGACGAACGCCAAAUAGAUAUCCACAAAGAUUUACAACAUUGAAAAUAACUUCGUCAAUGAUGCCAACGACGAGACCUAUUACUCGAAUAACGAAUCAAAUGGAAACAACAACAUCGACGACGACGACAACAACAACAACUACUACUGAGAGAAUAAUUCCAAAAACUACUCAACCACUUCAGCCAAGCAAAAAUUCUUCUGAAACAAGACCUAAAAUACAGUGUCCAAAAGGUUACGAGAUUGGAAAAAGUGGACAGUGCAUUGAUGUGAAUGAAUGUAAAUUAACGCCAAAUCCUUGUAAUAAACGAUAUAUGCAAAUGUGUAUUAAUACUAUGGGAUCGUUUCGUUGUGAGCCGAGAAUAAUGUGUGGACCGGGAUAUCAACCUGAUCCAACAUCCGGAAGAAAUUGUAUAGAUGUGGACGAGUGCGCUGAAAAUAUUCACGAAUGUAGCAAGGGUCAGACUUGUGAAAAUAGACAAGGUGGUUACGCUUGUAUAUGCCCUCAAGGACAUUCCGUGGGAUCAAAUAGAGAAUGUAUUGAUAUUGAUGAAUGUAGUCUUUAUGGAGACAAACUUUGUGGUCCGGGUGGUCGUUGUGAUAAUACAGUGGGUUCGUUUCGUUGUAAAUGUGAAUCAGGUUUUGAAAAUUCUGCCCGUGCAGGUGGAUCAUGUCAAGAUAUUAAUGAAUGUGAAACAAUGCAAGGAGUAUGUCAACAUAAAUGUUCAAAUACAUGGGGUAGUUUUAGAUGUGGAUGUGAGCCUGGAUAUAGAUUAAAUUCAGACAAUAAAACUUGUUCAGAUAUCGACGAAUGCACGGAAUUUAAAGAAAAUAAUCUCUGUAUUGGAAUGUGUGAUAAUACACCAGGAAGUUACAAAUGCAGAUGCCCAGAUGGCUAUAGACUUGGAGUUGAUGGACGCACUUGCCAAGAUAUUGAUGAAUGUUCCAUGGGACAAACUUGUGUCAAUUCUAAUGAAAUGUGCCAAAAUACUCGAGGUGGUUUUCGAUGCAAUAAAAUUGAUUGCCCUUCGGGUUAUUAUUUAGAUAAUGAAAAGAAGAACCGAUGUGUAAAAGCUUCUCGUUACUGUCAAACAACUGAUCAGGUGUGUUUACGACAACCUUCGCAUUAUUCGUAUAAUUUCAUCACAUUUGUGAGUAAUUUACCAAUGCCAAGAAGUGGACAACUUGAACUUUUUACAAUGAGAGGAACUCAUUUACCAGGAUCGACAUUACAAUUUAGUAUGUCAUUUAUUGAAGCUAGAGCACCACCGGGAGUAACACGAGCAACGGAAUCAUGUUUUGCAAUGCGAAGACCAGCUUCUUCGCAAGUUGUUCUUGCUCUCGUUAAACCAAUUCAAGGACCACAAGAAAUAGAACUCGAUCUUAGCAUGGAAAUUUAUCACAAUACAAUGUUUGUUGGAAGCGCCGUUGCUAAAAUAUUCAUAUUCGUAUCUCAAUAUGAAUAUUAAAGUCUUUAUUUUCAAAAUCAUCUUUUAUUUUCACAAGUUUUGCAUUUUAAAGUUUAAGGUUUUUUUUUUUUUUUAAACCAAUGAUUCUAAUUUUUGUUUGCAAUGACAACAUAAGUAAUUGAUUAUAAUUAUUCGAAAAGUACUCUAAUUUGCUUUUUAAUUUUAAAUUUAAAAAUUUAAGUGAAUAAUUCUGAAUUUUUCAAAAAUCCAAAGAAAAUAUAAGAUUUUCAUAUAUAGUACUAGAGAAUAUAGUUUUAGAAACAUGUCUAUAUAUGAGAGAAUAGAAUUUUAUUUUCUUACAAAAAAUAAAAUAUAUAAUU